AUGUUGCGGAAUAUAUCUAAUUAUUCAUCAAUUGCACCGGUAAAUCAAACUACCGGUGCAUAUUAUAUCAAGACAAAUAGAUUAUCGUAUUAUUUAUUAGAUUUUUGGGAUGACAUUGGUGAUCCAAGAACCCGACACUUACCACUAUUAACAAAUGGACCAUGGACACUGUGCGCCAUUAUGCUAAGCUAUCUGAUUUUUACCCGACACAUUGGACCGGCAUUGAUGAAGCACAGGGAUCCCUAUACACUGAGACAUACCAUGUUAUUAUACAAUACAGUAUUGGUUGUGUGCAAUGUUUACUUUUUUAUCGAAGCACUGGUAUGCAUAGGAUUUGGCCGAGAUUUGCUGGACUUUCAGUUUCCCAGUAAAUAUGAUACGAGUCCCCGAGCCAUGCGUAUGCUAUACUCGGGUUAUGCCUACUUUUUGACCAAAUUCCUCGAUCUGUUUGAUACCGUUUUCUUUGUGCUCAGAAAAAAAUACUCUCAGAUAACAAUAUUGCACCUGUAUCAUCAUACCAUUGUACCAAUGUUGGGUUGGAUGGCCAUGAAAAUAUCACCGACAGCAGCACCGAUAGGCUUGUUUGCAAUUGCCAAUUCAUUUGUCCACACCGUUAUGUAUACCUACUAUGCACUGUCGGCACUGGGACCCAGUGUACGACCCUAUCUAUGGUGGAAAAAAUACCUAACAAUACUACAAUUGUGUCAGUUUGUAAUCUACGGUGUCUACUAUACAGUGUUUCUAUUUGCACAGUCAGGCUAUCCGGCCAUCUAUAUGUCCAUUGGUUUUAUUCAGCCGUUUAUAUUUUUCUAUAUGUUUUGGCAAUUUUUUCACUACUCCUACAAUGGUAGAGGUAAUAAUAAUAAGCAUAAUAGCACCGGUAGUAAAAAACAAUCAUAA